AUGAGUGUUCUAACCAUUCACGGUCUUUUUGCUACACUGUUGGUGUUGCUACCGGUUGCACAUGCAAUGGGAUGGCUUCCACAGGCGAACACUCUUAUGCAUCAUGUGUUAGAACAGUUUGAGAUGCAUCUGUUCGGUGGAACGGCUUCUCUCGGUGUAUUAAGUGCUCUUCUACAGGUUUUGAAAAGCUCAAUUGCUUGGGCAAUUUUGGGGGGAUUGUGCCAUUUGGCCUAUUCUAUGAAUUCCAGUACUACACAAACUCCAGCAUUCUCUGCUUUUCUCUCUGCGGCUGUCGCAGUCUCAUAUAUAUUGAGCAGAAUUUCAUCCAACCUUCGAAUAUCUGUCGUAUUGCUUCGAGAAGCAUGCCCUUCCAUGGGAACAGUUAAUAGUUCUGAAAGCACCAGUCGUCUUUGUUGCUCCUCCUCGAAAGAACAGGAUGAAGAUGAACUGGAUUCACUAGAUCCACUACCCGGACCUCUCAAGAACGCUAUAGUUUCGCAGGCAAAACAUGACCUGCUAUUUUCUACCUUGCUCUUCUUAAUUACCUUCGGUCUGCAUUCCACCUCGUUGUUUUCAUCUGCACAACCUUAUCUCACUGUGAGUUUCUAA